AUGGACCAACGUAUCUGGUUGCUGCUGCUCCGUCUACGAAUCCGCAAGCGACGGCGCAUGGCAAUGAUGCAGUACAUGAUGUAUCACUACAUCGCGUAUGUGCUCAAGACGCCCAAGAGAGACUCCUGCCUAUCGGGCGAAAUGUGGAUCAACGAGCGUAUGCGUGGCAAUCACGACGCCUUCGUGGAGACCUUCCGUAUGCCCCGCUUCGUGUUCUGCGCCCUGCUCCAUACCGUCAUCACAACGGGCGGCAUAUCCGACUCCAAGUACAUCACAGCCAAAGAGCAGCUCUGCAUGUUCCUCUACUUUGCCGGGCACCAUGCUUCCAGCACGAACAUACAAGAACGUUUCCAACACUCGGGGGAAACAGUGUCGCGCUACCUGCGUCGUGUCGUUGCUGCAUUGCGAAACAUGUCCCAGCGAUACAUCCGACUUCCAAGCCCAACUGCCGCAGUGCAUCCGGUGAUCGCGACCAACCCGAAGUUUUCCCCCUUCUUUGACAACUGCCGCAUGGCGGUCGAUGGGACCCAAAUCCCGGUGUGGGUGCCUGCCAACGAAGCCGCGCCGUUCCACGGCCGAAAAGGACUAGCCAUGAACGUGAUGGCGGCCUGCGACUUUGACCUGCAGUUUACCUACGUGCUAGCCGGCUGGGAGGGCACAGCAAGUGACAGCAAGGUCUACGCCGACGCGAUCACGAAAGGACUGGCCCCAGAUGACAAGAAGUGGGACAUCAUGGACGGCGGAUUUGCGUUGAGCAACAAAUGCUUGACCCCCUAUCGAGGCACACGGUACCAUCUCAAGGAGUUUGGCAGCGGCCGCCAGAAACCAAAGAACAAGGAAGAGCUCUUUAAUCUACGACAUGCACAGCUCCGUAAUUGCGUUGAACGAAUCUUCGGUGUGCUGAAGAUGCGGUUUCCGGUGCUGUCAAGUGCUGUGCGCUACAACUACAGCUUUCAAGUCGACUUAGUCAUUGCACUGUGUACUGUCCAUAACUUCGCCCGACGCCAUGACACUGAAGGCGACCGCUUCGUAUUGGGCGCUGAGAACCAUGAUGAAGAGCAAGACCCCGAUCCACGAAACCAUGAAGAGCACAAUGGGGACAACUCUGAAGCCAAGGCAUGGCGUGACGGUAUUGCAGCUGCGAUGUGGACGCAAUAUCAAACAACAUUGCGAAACAGACGUCGAAGGAGUUAA